AUGGAGGUGGAUAGUCUAGAGGAUGCGUUGGAUGAGUUUGAUGCUCGCUACUUGGAGUGCUACCACCAAGUGACGGCCAAACUAGCGUCCCAGGCCAUUGGGUGCAACUUGCGACUUUCCUCGCCGCUCCUUGGCCCCCGCGACCUGGACGAUGCCCCUAGACAAGAACCUUUUGCAAUUUUGGGAGACUUGGGCGAGGAGGCUCUGGAUUAUGGAGCUAAUUCCGCUCGGGCUGUGACAUCAAAGUCCAGUGCGAUCAACACCACCGACUCUAUAGACUCCACAAACUCCACAAACACUAUCACCACCAUCACGAAUACCAUUACGAACACGAACACGAACACCAACGCCAACAGCAAAUUCAAUACCAAUAACAACAUCAAUCACAGUAACAAUUCCAAUUCGAAUUCCAAUCACAGUGUCAAUUUCACUACCAAUCACAGUGUCAAUUCUUACCUUUCUACCACAUCAAUUGACUCAUUUAGCCUUGAUCACAACUAUAUGAACAGUCUCCACAGUACUAGCUACGAUGCCAUAUGCGACAUCAAUAACUUCGACUUAUCCUUCGCACAGUUAACAGACGGCAUGGCUGUAUCCACUUCAUGCUUAGGUGGUUCAGUGGCAUCCAUUGGUACAUCACUAGGUGCGUCGAUCGGUGCGUCUAUCGGAGCUUCUAUUGGAGCCUCCAUUGGCUCUUCCAUUGCGGCUUCAAAGUCAAACAUCACCUCCGCUGCGUUAUCCUCGGUGGCUCCCUCUUCUUGCAGCUCUUACAACAGCCUUGCCAGCGACCUCUGCCAGCCACCUAUCCACCGCAGUUACUCCACGCUGAGAAGCAUCCGUACCGACUCCAUGCGCGAGUGCAUCCGCCCUGACUCGGCGCAUCCAUUGCGGCACCGACUGCUUCUGGCGCUGCUGAUUACUCCAAAACUGGCCCGCAGGGUCGAGCGACGCAACACUGUGGCCACCUAUGUGGGCAAUCCAUUCUACCGUGGUCGCACCUCGCCUCAACGCAAGGGUUCUGCUUCGGGCCAGCCAAUGGGUGAGAAAUGCUGCACGUUUGAAUUGGGUGAACUGACACUCACUGGGCGCAGGCGCCUGGGCGACGAAUCGAUUUAUAGAUGA